AUGCAAGAAACUAACGAUCAAAUGCUGAUUAUCAAAGUUGCAAAUUCAAAGCCAAUUUAAAUCAAAUAAUUUGAUACUCCUUUAUAAAUUGCUCAUAGGUUUUGCAAUGAUAAUAAUAUUGAAUUGAGAAAGUGUAAGACAAUUAGCAACUAGAUAAUUAGAAUAUGUAAGAUAAACAUCUUAUAACAGUUAGAGCUUAUAUUGAUGAAUUUAAAUAAUUGUAAUAAUUCUCUAAAUACUUCAGUAAUUAAGAACCUUUUAAGAAAAAGGCUUAGUAUUCUUUAGAAGAAAUAAUGAAUUAAGCAGAAAAAGAAAACUCUUAUUAUUCAUUUUAAUAAGAAUCUUAACUUGAAGAGAAAUAAGUUAAUUCUAUACCAUCUAUUGAUAUUUAUAAAAGUCCCAAAGAUGGAAUUCAACAUUUAAGUACAGGCGCGCAUAUAGACUCCAAAAAGUUGGAAGAUAUGAGUAGAAAAUUGUAUUAAAACAUCUUAUCUCCAACACCUGAUUCUAGUUAUAUGAUCAGUUAUAGUUAAACAACCAAAAACAUUUCGAAAUUACAAAGAUAGUUAUAACUCAAUAAACUUUAACCUACUAGGCCUUUAUAAAAGAGUUAAGAAAGACUUAAAAGUAAAUCUCCUCAUAAUUCUAUUCAAAAGAGUCCAUUAUUAAAUAAGUCUGGAUAUUUUGAUAAUGGAAACAAGGUCUAAAGUAGUUUAGUGUUGUAAUAGAUCAAAUAGUAGGCAUUAAGUACAAAAAAUUAAUAGAUGGGUCCAUUGAGAUAGUUAUCAAAUUCAAGAGCAUCAAGUAUAGGAAGAACAAGAUGCAAAACUGAAAUGUUUGGCGAUGAUAAAUUAUUAAGGAUUAGUAAUAAGUUAUUCAAUUUAUUGGAUAAUGAUAAAGAUGGUUAUAUAUCACCUUCUUAGAUUGAUUUAAGUAAAAUAUCAGAUGACAUAUUAAAGUAAUGAAUUGAUAAAAUUGUUAGUUAUUUAAUUGGAAUCUUGUUAGAAAUUGAUCAUAAUAAAUUAAGAUUGAAUAUCAGCUAGUUUUAUAAAUUAUUUGAAUAACAUUAUGAAAAGUUGGAUAUGUUAUAGAAAUAAAGAUUUUUGAGUAUUAGCUGA